ACAAGUGACAGGUGUCAUUCAGCCGUGAUAGCAGCUCGGAGGACGCGCGAUGUUUAUAGUGUGCAGCGAGAGUCACCGGCUCGUUGCGUGAGCCGAGCAUGUUGGGAGCCAACUGGGCGCCGGCGGCGUUGCUUCUGCUUCUGGCCGCCUCCGCCGCCGCCGCCGCCGCCGACGAGCCGCUGGAGGACGAGGUCGAGAGUGCACCGUUUGCGAUAGUGGUGGAGCACGAGGACGGGUGGCGCUGCGGCGGCGCGCUGGUGUCGCUGCGCGCGGCGCUGAGCACGGCGACGUGCGCGCGCGGCCGCGGCGCGCCGCCCGCCGGCGCCGGCGCCGACCUGUGGGCGCGCGCGCCCGGCGCCAUCACUGCGGAAGGCGCGCGACGCGUGGCGCGCAUCGCGCUCGCUAGUGACUCACAGGGUUUAUCCGAGAACGAGAAGUGGACAGAAAAGGCGUGGAUCGGCGUCGUCCUGGACAUGGCGCUGCUGGAGCUGGAGGCGCCGUUCGGCGCGGCGGCGAGCGCGCGGCCCAUCCUCAUGGCCGCCGGCGACGAGUGCGAGCCGCGCGGCAGCGGCAGCGCGCCCGCCUGCCACGUCGUGCGCACGCCCGCGCGCGCAGGCGGCGCGCUGCGCGUCGGCAACGCCGAGCGCACCUCGCCCAUGGCUUGCGCCACCAUCGCGCCGCACUGGGCUGCCAUCUCCGACACGGCGCUUUGUCUUGUUGGGCCAGAGUUCUGCCAGAGCGACUGGGGCGUGGGCGUGGUGUGCGCGGGCAAGCUGUGCGGCGUGCUGUCGCGGUCGGCGCGCAGUCCGGGCGAGAGCGGCGAGAACAGCAGCGAGGGCGGCGGCGGCGCGGGCUGCGGCGACACGCACGCGGCGCUGCACGUUCCGCGCUGGCAGCAGUUCGUGCACUGCGCGCAGACGCGGCGCCGUUGCGGCCGCGAUAGUUGCGCCUCGGUGUGCAGCGAGCGCAUGCUGCUGGAGGCGUCGGUCAAGGAAGAAGGGGGCCUGGCACGGCGGGACGGCAAGCAUCACCCGCGUCACCGCCCCACCAGUCCUACCACCACCGCGCCGGAAGAUGACUACAUGAAAAUGAGAAUAACGACAUACAGCACACAGUGGCCUCGUAGCGAAGCGCAGAGCGAGUGGCUUAGAGCGAGCAGCGAAGCGCAGAGCGACUGGCGCAGAGGGAGCAGUGAAGCGCAGAGCGAAUGGCGCAGAGCGAGCAGCGAAGCGCAUAGCGAGUGGUUCACCGUGGAGCACGCCUGGCGGCGCGCCGGCGCGGGCGGCGGUGCGGGCUCGGGCGCGGACGUGGACGCCGGCACCGUGCCCACGCGCACCUCGCUGGCGCCGUCGACUCCGCCGCCGACGCCGAAUACUUACUUCAAUGCCUCUGUAAUGGGCGGCAGGAUGGUGCAGUUCGAGUUCGAACCCUACCGAGCUGAUUUUAAGAUCGGCGAGUACGGCGACAACGAGGCGAGCUACGACGCCGUCGGGGGGGGCGGCGGCGGCGGGGGCGAGGAGCCGGCGCGCACGACGUCGUCGACGGAGCCGCCAGCAACGUCGCGCGUGCCCGGCCCCGAGGCGCUGCAGGAGGACACCAACUCGACGGCUCAGCUUAUGGAGCUCACGGCCGGCGGCGCCCGACAACUCUCGACUACGACCUCAAUUUUAUUUACGUUAUGUUUUACUAAUUUUGGU